CGGCCGGGUGGCGGCGCUGCGUUAGGCCCCGGCGGAGCGGACCUCGGCCUGCGGGCUGGAUUUUAUUGCUCGGCAGCCGGGGAGGUGACGGCUCCUGUGGGACAUGGCGGCGGCUCCACAACAGCAGCAGCAGCAGCAACCGCAGCAGCAGCCGGGCCUGACCGUGGACCAGGCGAAAGUGGUUCUAGCCGAAGUGAUCAAGGCCUUCAGCUCCCCAGAGAAUGCGUUGAGGAUGGAGGAGGCCCGAGACAAUGCCUGCAACGACAUGGGCAAGAUGCUGCAGUUUGUGUUGCCGGUGGCAACCCAGAUCCAGCAAGAGGUCAUUAAGUCAUAUGGAUUCAGCAAUGAUGGGGAAGGUGUGCUGAAGUUUGCUCGCAUCGUCAAGGCCUACGAGGGACAGGACCCCGAGAUCGCAGCCAUGUCGGGGAAGCUCAAGUCCAUGUUUCUGCCUCCAAUGACGGUUCCUCCGCACAGCUCCAGCAUCUCUGCAUCGUAACCUGCCGAGCCAGGGGCGCCAGGUCUCUCGCUGGAUCGCAGCAGCUUGCCCCAGCACCACUGGACUGCAGAUACUGUCACUGAUUCUUUCACACAAUCGUUUCUUCCUGAAGUUGCUUGGGACUCCACUUCCGGUGAUGAUCCUGCCCAUCGGGAGCCUCCCUGUGCUUUCACUUCCCAUCCGGAGCAGGCAGCAAACUUCCCCCAGGAGAGUAUUGCAGGGCAGCGAAGGAAGGCUGUCCUGGGUGCGGUGCCUGGGACAUGUAAGCUGGCACAUCCAAGGAGCAGGCAAGGCGGCGUGGGAGGGUAGGGUCCCCGUUGUGCUUAGCUGCCUAUUGCCAGAGUCAAGGUGCUGCCUGUUGUUAUUCACCUUUGCUCUUGGAAGGUGCCUGUUUGCAGUUGUACCCUGGUUCAGUUCUCUUGUGCCCUCCUGCGCCCGUGGGCUGUGGCACUUCGUUUGGUCCCUCGAGGUGUGUUAGUGCGUCGUGCUGUACUGGUUGCCCAUCAGGGGAGCUGCGGUCUGUGAAGGGAUGCUCAUUCCACAGGUCUACGGGACACGGGUUGCCUGUGGGUUUACCUGCUGUUGAACGGCAACCGACGCUCCCAGCAGUGGUGGGGGUGGGGGAGGGCUGCGCGGGGGUGGUGGGGGGGGGCGGUGAGUGUAAUUUUAAGGGAAUAGCUGGGUGGACUCCCGUGGGAUUGGGCGGAACACUGGUUGUACGCCCGAUCCAACCGUAAAGCCAGCGUUGUCUCCAGAUCCGGCAGAGUUGGGGGAAGUGUUGAGGCUGGGACACCAGACUGCCCCAGUUCUCCUGACACUUGAGCCAGAGGGAAGAAAGUGCAUGAAAAGGGACUUGACGCAGGCAUUUGGUAUCCCACCCCUCCCCCCAUGUACGCAGUCUCCACUCACUCUGGCCACGGCAGCCUUGACAAAUGCUCCCUGUGGGAUUGUUUGACUCGGAUCACCUCUGGUCACCAUCCUCCAGGGUGCAGCUUGUAGAAACUUCAAGCUGGCAUCUGCUGACAGACAGUUUCCUGGACACACAGUGGUGAGGAGACUUCCUACUGCUGAGCCCACUGCCUCAAAACCAGGGAGUUUAAUGUGCCCGCCACUGCUGGUUUAAAAUCUGAAUGCCUACCAGUUUUGGAAACAGCUGGUGAGGAGGGAAGAGGAGGCCAUUGUCCCCUUGCUGUGUGGACUGUCUUGUCAAGGGCAACCCCUUUCACACCACCAUGACUUCACCUAACAAUGUACUUUUGAUGUAUGUUCACUAAUGUGACAUAGGAAUCGUAAUCAACCUGCACCAAGCAACCUCCCAUAAACAAGAUCUCUUUGUAUUAUUGUUUGUAGGAUAAAUAUUGGAAUGCUUUACAGCUACGGUUUGUUGUAUUGUCCAAACGAUGACAUCUUGGACAGAGAGGUGCUGCCUCAGAGUGUCGGGCUGGGUCUCGGAGCCUUGUGGCUCACACUUGGUGUUGGAUGGACCCGGUGUUGACACCUGAUGUUGUACUUUCACUUAGAUACACCCCGCAGUCAGGGGUUAACGGUUCAGAGCCACACUGGAAUCAACACUACUAGAAAAUGUACCAGCAGGAAAACGUACGUCGCCUCACAGAAAACAAAAACCCGUCAGGGGAACAGAGUAGAGUUAAAUGAACGGGGAUAAAACUGCCGGUCUUGUGGUGUCCAUUGUCUUAUUUAUAGUUCAGAGGCACUUCUAACUCCACUUUGGGUUGCUGGUUGCAGAAGGAACGAGAGCAAGAGUAAUCCCAGACUUCCACCUUCUCCGGAUUCACAUUCUACCUGCCCUGAAUGUGUUCCUGGGAUUAAACCGGGCAAUGUCUCUUUCUUCACUGACAGGACACUGAGUGUUGCCCAUCAGCCCAACCUGUGCUGUGGGAAAUAAAGAGCCCCUUGGUGAAUUUAAAUUAGAUGUUUAAGUAGAAAUUACCCAAGGCAACAAAGGUUUGGCUGGCAGCUGACUAGGGGCUGCACCACCUCCUUCCUCACCACUCCUGCGUCCAGUCUCUGAAGCUCCCGACCUGACAACUCCUGGGGAGUACCCUCACCACAAGGCUGCAACAGAUCAAGAAGGUGACUUGUCGCAAUCCUCCAGACGGGCAGUAGACGUUGGCCUUGCCCAAAGCAAGGGUAACGAAAAGAAAAGUAGUGGUUUGUCCUACUUGAGAAGCAAAGGGGUGAGACCAGUGCACGGCGUGCGCAGCCUGAAGCAGAUUCCAAAAUAACUUCCAAAAGGGAACUGGAUGUGCUCUUGGAUGGAAAAGUUUGCAGGACUGUUGGGGUACUGUAAUCGGAUGCACAUCUCGGGUUGACUUUCUGUCCUGAAUCUGCCUGUGCUUUUUUGUUUUUUGCUCUUGGGAUUCAUUUUUGUUUUUAGCAUGAUUGUAUUUAUAAACUAUUGUCCUGUGCCUGAAGGUUUCAUAUUGUGUAUGCAAUAAAAUGUGAUAAUGUGA